AUGCCAUCCACUUCGAAAUUUAUCAUCCUGGCAUUCGUUGCGUUGAUUGGCGUCGUCUCCAGUCAAGAUCAAGCCAAGUGUGCCGUCAAUCAACUCUUCAACGGAGAAAUUUGCACGUGCGCUCCAGGAUACUUCUCUUCGGCCAACGAUGAGUCGAAGGCACGUUGUGAGGAUGAGUGCGAAGAGGUCUACUUUUCUCUUUUCACCACAGGAAAAUGCGUGGACAACAUCUUUGGCAAAGUGCCAAAGGAUCAACAACCGGCAUGUAAUUUGAGAUGUGGAAUCAGAAUCCGUCUUUGGGCUACCGUCGCCGCCUUCGCUGUCAUUGCUGCUGCUGUUGUCUCCCUUGUUUUGGCUCUUCCAAUGUGCAUCGCCUCGUGCUCCGCCUGUUUGAAUGCUAAGAAGGCCAACAAGAACGCCAAGCGAGUUGCUCUUGAAGCUCAAGCCGCUCCAUCAAAGGACCAACAAGUGGCUACAAUGGGAUACAAUCCAUACGCCUACUGGCCAUAUUACGGACGUGCUUAA